GGCGGGGGCACAGGGGCGGUGGGAGCGGGUCCCCGGGCAGGGCCGCGGUGGCAGAGCGGGGGCAGCGGCCGGCGGGGCUCCCCCUGAGGCGAGGGGAGCGCGGGGGGAGGGAGCGCGGCGCCGGGAGCCGGCCCGGUUCCCGAGCCCGGCGGCGGGGAGGGGGGACGAGGCCGCUCCGCCCCCCUCCCCCGACUGGACCGCGGGGUCCCCGGGCUGAGGGAGCGGCCGGAGGUACCCGCGGGGGAAGGGCCCGUCCCGGGCGGGCUCCCCCCGCCCAGCCGGGGGAGCGGGGAGCUGGUCUGCGGUCGGGGAGGGCCCGGGGCCGCCUGCCCCCCGGGGGGGUCCCUUCACUCCUGGCUCUGUAGCUCGUCCGGUUGCACUUAAAGUGUUUUAUCCCCUUUUCGCCCCUUCCCCGCUCUCCCCGGGGGUGGUGGCUGUGUUGCCGGGUGUUUUCCUCCCGGCCCUGACACCCGGGGAAGGGCCGUGAAGGGGGUGUGUGUGUGGGGGAAAGCCCGGGGAUCCCUUCAUCGACCAGCCCGGGCCGGGGGGGAAUGGGGCGGUUUGGGGCCGGGGCAGAGAGAAUUACUUCCUCCUGCUUGUUCCCGUUUUAAGGUGGGUCGGUAAAGCCGAGGUAGGUUUUUGCCUUGUCUGAGACCGGCUGACACCUCGGACCCGUGUGGUGACACAUCAUGUGCCAGGCGGAAUCCGGGUGGUUGAAGGAUGCCCCUGGGAGAUCUUGAUAGGCACCGAAGGCCUCAAACUUUUGUAGGCGUGAAAAGCGAAGACGCUAGAAUUGUUUCUGAAAACUCCUUCAAAGAAACUUGGUUCCAGCUUCCAAACGGCUGAAACCCAUCCGCCCGCCCCCAUCUGCGCUCGUAGCGGGACGGUGAGGACCGCAGGGCAGAGACGCUUCCCCUGCCACCCCGUCUGGAGUCGGUGACUAUGCGCUACUAGGAAUGGAAAGUCACGAAAGGGACUUGGCUGUUGUCUGUUUUUACAUGGUGGCCUAAAGUCCCAGAGGAUGACCUAGCACUUAAGAAUCAAACUGGGCCAAGUUAAAGGCCAAGUUGACUUGGAAGAACCCUAGCAGUGGGACCAGGUCGGAAGCAAAGCAAGUCCCAAACCGAGUGUAUCUGGUCAAAGAUAUAUAUUCUUUUUAAAAGACAUUGUGUUACUGGAGCCAGGCCUGGAUCUUUUAGCAUCCAAUUGAGCUGGAAGCGGCUCAUAGGUUUGUUUUGGUUUUUUGUUUUGUUGGUUGUUUUUUUUUGUUGUUCAUGUUUGUACAAUCUUCUGGAUAUUUUUUUUCAAGAAGGAGUAAAAGGGAGUGUUGGAAACUAACAAACAGGAUUAAAACCCUGAGCGCUUAAGGAAAACAGGUUAAGGAACUUAAUCCAGGAUGGAUAUGCAGGAGCCACAGCAGCUGGGCAUGUUUGCGGAGAGCGAGCUGAUGUCUGUGGGGAUGGACACUUUUAUCCAUCGCAUCGACUCUACGGAGGUCAUUUACCAGCCACGGCGGAAAAGGGCCAAGCUCAUUGGCAAAUACCUGAUGGGAGACUUACUUGGAGAAGGGUCUUACGGCAAAGUCAAGGAGAUGUUGGACUCUGAAACCCUCUGCAGGAGAGCUGUGAAAAUACUGAAGAAGAAGAAGCUACGCAGAAUUCCCAACGGGGAGGCAAAUGUGAAAAAGGAAAUUCAGCUCCUGCGACGAUUACGGCACAAAAACGUUAUCCAGUUGGUAGAUGUAUUAUACAAUGAAGAGAAGCAGAAAAUGUAUAUGGUGAUGGAGUACUGUGUGUGUGGGAUGCAGGAGAUGCUGGACAGUGUCCCAGAAAAGAGGUUUCCAGUUUUUCAGGCUCACGGGUACUUUUGUCAGCUUAUAGACGGCUUAGAAUACUUGCACAGCCAAGGGAUUGUCCACAAGGAUAUAAAACCGGGGAACCUCCUGCUAACAACCAAUGGGACGCUAAAAAUAUCCGAUUUAGGCGUAGCAGAGGCGUUGCAUCCGUUUGCGGAGGAUGACACGUGCAGAACGAGCCAGGGGUCGCCAGCAUUCCAGCCACCAGAAAUCGCCAAUGGCCUUGACACCUUUUCAGGCUUUAAAGUAGACAUCUGGUCUGCAGGGGUCACGCUAUACAACAUCACAACGGGUCUGUACCCCUUUGAAGGGGAUAAUAUCUAUAAGUUAUUUGAAAACAUCGGGAAAGGUGACUACACAAUUCCAGAGGAUUGUGGUCCUCCACUCUCAGACUUAUUGAGAGGGAUGCUUGAAUACGACCCAGCCAAGAGAUUUUCAAUACAGCAGAUAAGGCAGCACAAUUGGUUUCGUAAGAAACACGCUCAGGCAGAGGCUCUGGUGCCCAUACCUCCCAGCCCAGAAACGAAGGACAGGUGGAGAAGCAUGACGGCGGUGCCUUAUCUGGAAGAUCUGCAUGGCUACAAUGAGGAAGAAGAUGAUGACUUGUAUGACAUUGAAGAUGAUAUCAUCUACACUCAGGACUUCACAGUACCAGGACAGGUGCCUGAGGAGGAGGCAGGGCAGAACGGGCAGAGCCGCGCCAAGGGGCUGCCCAAGGCCGUCUGCAUGAACGGGACGGAGUCGGGACAGCUGAGCACCAAAUCCAAGGCGGAGCGGCGGGCGAGCGCCUCUUCCAACCCCUCCCGCAAGGCCUGCUCUGCCAGCAGCAAGAUCCGCAAGCUCUCCACCUGCAAGCAGCAGUGAGGCGGGAGCCCCCCCACCCCCACCCCCCCAGCUUUGCACAGCGUCCCGGGGCCCGGGCCAGCCUGCGUCCCCCAUCUUCGCCCCAUCUCUGCCUCUCUCCUGGGACUCGGACUGUGCUUGAGAUCCAAAAAGAAACCAGAGGAAACCAACCAAGGAACCUGCCCCCCCCGCCCCUCCCCGCGGCCCCCGCUCCGGCCAGCACCGGGACCCCCCCCCCGCCGCCGGGGGCCGGGACCCCACUCACCACCUCGGCAGAUGAAAUCUCCGCCCGCGAAGAUGCUGCCCUUCCUCCCCAAUCACUCUUUGCCAAUCAAGACACUGAUUCUGUUUUUAAUUUUGCGAUGGGAAGGGGCCGGGGCCGGGGGGGGGGGGGGUUGAGCGGGGCCGGGGUGCGGUGGGAUACCCCCCCCCUCCCCGCCAGGCCCCCCCUGGCUGUGUAGAAGUCGUGCAAAGCCAUUGCCGUGCACUUUAUGUUUUAGACUACUGUUAUAUAUUAUAUAUUUUCCUCUUUUUUUUUUUUUUGUUUGUUUUUUUUUGUUUAUAUUUGCGGUAUAUUUAGAGAUUCCUACACAUCGUGAUGUGUUUAAAAUAAACCAGAUGAGGAAAAAAAAAAAAAAAAAACCACAACAAAAAAAAAAACCAAAAAAAAAAAAAAACAGGUAUUAAGACAAAGCAAAACUCUAUUAAACCUGCAUGCUGUAAAAGGGCUCGGAAAAGGGAAUGGGUGCGUUCGUCGUCUUUUUCUUUUCUUUUUUUUUUUUUCCCCUUUUUUUUUUUUUUUUAAAGAAAAAAACAAAAUAAAGUGAAAACAGCGA